AUGUCGCCAACGCUUGGUUUCAUCGUGAUUUUAUUGAUUUGUGACCUAUUUUCCGCACCCCAGGGUUCUCCAAUCGAUGUUUGCUUGGGAGGAGCUAAAUUUUGUCAUCGUGCCCUUCAACGUCUCGCACACACAAAGAAACUACGUUGGAUAUGGCCGUGGAAGUGGCCAAGGCCGCCGCCCAUUAAGCCGCCGCCCAAUAAGCCGCCGCCCAAUAAGCCGCCGCCCAAUAAGCCGCCCAAGCCGAAACCUGAUAUGCCUGAUAUAGCUGAUGUACCACCUCCAUCAUACGAGGAAUAC